GGUCGUCGCCACGGUGGGCUACCCAGCCGGUCAGCGACAGCACAAGGCCCCUCCACGGUGGGUAUCCGGCAUCUUCUCCCCGCAGCCAUCGUCCGAUUCCGCAUCAUUCCUCUCCAUCCACCCGGCUUGCUGGCUGCUGCCUCCUCGGAUUUAAAGCUACGCCACCUCCCCCUUCCAGCAAGGCCCGGACUACGACAUACUCCCCGGCGUGCCGAGUUUGUCAGUUAGCCGAGGCCCGAGGCGCGACGGCAGGGGGCAGGAUGAGCUCCGGCGGCUGCUCGACGUGCCUGGAGAUCAUCUUCGCCGCCGUGCUCCCGCCGCUCGGCGUCUUCUUCCGGUACGGCUGGUGCAGCUCGGAGUUCUUCAUCUCGCUGCCGCUGACGAUACUCGGCUACGUCCCCGGCAUCAUCUACUCCGUCUACGUCAUCCUGAAGACGCCGCCGGAGCUGCCGAGCAUCGACGGCGAGCGGCCCUACUACAUCCUCGCCUGAUGCGACAAGCUCCUUCGUGCACAUACCGCUGUAGUGGAGCUUGCUGUACCGCCAUUGUUGGGAUUGGAUUUGGACAUGACUUGUAAGUUGUGCGUAGCCGUAGCUAGUUGUUUGAGCAAAUUCUUUAGUGCCGGUGGUUGUACAUGUAGUUUUCGUUCUUGAUUGGUUGGGUAUAUUGGUGUCGUGAUGUAUGAUUGGUUCAUCGGUUGGGUCCUUGAGGAAAAGAAUCUUGGUCCCGCUGGCUCGGGAGCUAGCGAUUAGUGUACUGUAAACUGUCCAUGCUGGAAA